AUGGAGCAACCCAAGGGUUUACGAGGUGUUUCUGCCAGGCUUAGCAACGAAGAAGAACUAAAAGUGUUCAAUGCAAUUAUCUCAUCUAUUCUCGAGGCUCUUCUCUUCUAUAAGGAGAAAGUGCUCGGAAGUAUUAUGGAUUCUCCAAAGGCGAAGAAGGAAGAAGAAGUAAUUAGUGCUGUUCAAGCAGCUUUAAGUGCAUUAGAAGCUCUAAGAAAAGCUGUUUCUGAGAAUCCCAUUACUACCUCCAGCGAUCAAGACAUUAAGCUUGAAGAAUUUCUUCUAUGUAUUAACGGAUUGGUGAAGGAGUUCCAAGAUCUUUAUAAGGCAUUUAUUGAGGCACUUAAACGUCUUCUUCCACAUAUCGAUGGAAGUAUAAAGAUUGAUGUGCAAAUCUCUAACCAAUUAGGAACAAAAAGAACGUCCACGAGAAAUGUCAUCUUAUUUCUUUUACAGUAUAGAGGAGAUUUUAUUGCUGCUAAUAAUGCCAUCAAUUGCUUUUCUAGGAAUAUGCGCCUAUUAGGUAUUGAUAUUCUAAUGAAGCACUUCAAACCUACUAUUGAUAACAUUUUUUCGAUCUCGGAAGAAGGCUUGAGAGCAAUCGAGGGUGAUUAUCUUUCUGAGGAGGAACAGGGUUGGCUCCUAGAAUCCUGCGAACCCCUUACUGAGUGCCAACAAAAAUUUCUGGAAGCAUAUGGAAAAUUCACUCCUAGCCCCGGAGAGGACAAAGAGGACUCUGAUGUUUCACUCGACAAACUAAAAGAAAAGCUAGAGGAAACGGUCAGGAAAGUAGAGGGUCUAAAAGCCAAGAUUAGAGGACUAAAAGGCAUGGAUGAUGACACUCCUAAGGAUACUGCUCCACCCAGGGUUCCGGAGAAGGCUCCAUCCGAGGUGACGGAAGAAGUCUCAGGCAAGUAUCCAGACAAGGAUCCAAGUAAAACGGAGGGUGAAGACAAGGAGCCUCCUGAAGAGGCACCCUCCCCCGUCAGGAGGGCAGUGGCCAGCCUGGACACCGGACGCCCGUUCGGAAACCUGUGCGUUGUGUUCGUCCUCAUCCUGGCCGUCCAGGGCCUCCUGCGGGUCUCCGGGAUGGAGCACAGCACACUGGGUGUGUCCUGGAACACCGCGCUCUACUCGCUCGCCGUUGCAGGCGCCGUCACGUACCAGCUGUGGGUGCUCGCCGAGGGCUGCCGCAGGGGCGGGGCCGGCAGCAUGGCGAGGCAGGGGUGGAGUGCCGUUGCGUGCAUGGCGCCGAUGCUUGUGGCGGUUCCCCAUGCGGGGGUGAUCAGGAGCAGCAUGUACAGCGUGGCGGUGGCAGGGCUUGCGGCUGUCACGCUGUAUGUGCAGGAUGCAGCAAGGCGCGGGAUGCCGUGGCGGGAGGCGUGUGCGGUUGGCGCAGGGAAUGCGGUGCUGGCUGCGGCAUGUGCUGCGGGGUCUGUGGCACUGCGGACGGCGUGUGCGGGCGGCCCUUCUGGGUGUGGAUGGGGGUUGUUGUGUUUGUCGGCCUGCUGCUUGCUGUGUCGUAUGCUGAGAGGGGGGGAAGAGGGCAGAAGGCGGAGGAGUGUGGGGAUGUGGUUGCGAGUGUGCUGCUUGUGA